AUGGCUGAAUUGGUUCCCUCCCUUGAGGAUUCCCCCACUCACCUCUGUUCUGAUACCCCUGUGGAACCACUGGGCCCCCGUUCUCUUCCAGCUGAGCAAUCCCUUGCCGAGAUCGACAUCCCUUGCCGCUUUUUCCUAGAAGGUCGUUGCCGCUUUGGUUCCCGCUGCCGGAACAGUCACCCUGGUGACAUGGAGCUGCUCCUCGUUCAGAAGACUGCGGAUCCACCGCAGUCGUUUCUCCACAAGGCAAGAAGCCCCCCCAUGAAGACUGCAGAGGAUUGUUAUCUCUGUCUCCUCUGGGCCCAGGUGCCCGCUGAACAUUUUUCUAUUGGUUACCUUGAUCGGUUCUUGGGGGUUUGGAAGAGCCGUUUUGCUGCGUUCUCGUGGGAGGAUCUGGCUUCAGCCGGGCGCGUGCUGGCUAUCCCCAUAACAUGGAUCCACUAUUUCAAAUACAAGACUUGCAUGGUGUGGGACAAAGUGAGCCGCACAGACGACGUCUUUGGGUCCACAGGAAUUGGGAGAACCAUCUUGGAUGUGAUGAAGGAAGUCGACGAGGCAGCCAGAACCACCGAGGAAAGGGCUCAGGACCCCCCUUCAAAUGGAGACAGGAGAAAAGGGGAUGGGAGGUGUCGGACCAAGGCAGCUAGAGGAAAACCGGCUUUGCAGAGCAGGAAGGUGGACACCUUCCGCAUCGCAAACAGCGUCCCAACCCAUUUCAUAGCUAUCCGGUACCAGCCGAGAGACCUGGGAAGCUGUGAACUCUUGCAAGGCGCCCUCUCUGAGGUUCAGCCAGACCUAGAAGAGUUUCUACACCCUUUGCCUACUCUGCAUAUCACACUGUGUCUACUGCACUUAGAUACUUCGGAACACAUCUGCAAAGCUGUUACGGCUCUCCAGGAACUGCAAGCAAGCCAGCGCCUGCUGCCCCCAGCCUUGCUUCUCUCCUUCCACAAGGUCGAGGCUUUCCAUUCUCGUGUGCUUUACUUGUCACCAGCACCUACGCCUGGGCUGGGAUCACUGGCCCGGACUUUGGAGGACGCCUUUAGCAAGAAGGGCUUGGCAGUGAUUCCUCCUCCGGACAAAGAAAAGUUCCACUUGACCAUGGUGAAGAUCCCACGGGCAAAGGCAGAUCUACGGUUGCCAGCAGAUUCCUCAUGGAUUCCAAGUAUUAAUGAUUUAGGAACACAGGCUGUAGAGGCAUUGUGUUUGUGUGAGGUUGGAAAAGGUAGGACUGAUGGGUUUUACACCACGGUUCUGAAAAUCAAUCUAUACUGAGACGGGUGGCGCCUCCUGUUCUGCUGCUCGAGGCGAAACAGGAAGUUUUGCCAUGCUGCUGCUACUGCUACCAUGCGCCUUGUCAACACUGGUGGUGAUUUUGGGCAAGAUUGUGUUGAUUUCAGACGAGAUCUUACCUCGAAUAGACAGGUUUUGUCCAAAAUCG